GGAAGGAUCAAAGCAUGAACUCUGACCUCCACUGGAAGAAAAAAAAAACUGUUAUUGAUCCAUUUAAAAAUACUAACUUUUAAAGGUUUUAUUGAUAUUUUAUACAUGUAUUUAAUCGUAUUUCUUCUUACAUGGACACAUGUUUUCUCAAAGCUUAUUUUACACUGAAGGUGCCUUAAACCAGUAUUACAGGACGGAUGAGUCGGCGUGUCGUCUUUCCGGUUUCACUGCCUCCAGAUUGACCUGGUGACGCUGAGCUGGUAUCUGCACUCCUCACUGCUUCUCUCAUCUCCUAACUGGGAUGUUGUGUUGCUCCUUUUCGGGAUUUCAACAGGAUUUUGAGGCCUGUGAAGUUUUCUUUUAACCCGGGAGAAAAUAUUUUAACACUAAGUUGUCAAUUUUGGACCUAAAAGAAGUUUUAUUUAUCUGAUUUAUUUGAGCUUCAAGAAAUCAAAACUAUUUAAUCUCACUUUAAGUUGACAAUAUGAGCAAAGCAAAAACCAAAGAAAAAAAUGAAAAUAAAACGGAAAAAGCUUUGGCUGCGGAAAAAGAACAGUUUGGCAAACAGCAGCUCCAGAGCCUCAGUAAAAUUGUGGCCACGAACGAAUCCCCGCCUAAGGAGAAAUAUGUGCGCAACAUCAUUUUGGGGACCCACAAAGAGACCGGAGCCACCACCUUCUGGUCCUACGCUGUCAACCUCCCGGUGUCCAGCAACUCCAUGGUCAGCUGGAAGUUCUGCUAUCUGCUGCACAAAGUCCUGAGGGACGGGCACCGAAAUAGUGUUGUGGAUUCGCACAGACACAGCCGCACGGUCAGAGACAUGGGUGUCCUAUGGGGAAACUUGCAUGAUCGGUACGGCCACAUCGUUGCCCUGUACACCAAAUAUCUUCACCUGAAGAUGGAAUUUCACGCGAAGCACAAGGUGAUUCCAGGUAACAUGGAGGCGACCGACGACACUUUGGAGAGGGAAGCAGGAACUGACAUGACUAAAGUGUUAGAUAUGACCCAGGAGCUUCUGGAUACUCUGGAUGCUGGACUGAAGAUGGCUGAGACAGUCCUCCGUCAGCUGGACGCUAACGGCGCCAAAUCCACCACCCCCGCCGGACAGUGCCGACUGACGCCCCUCAUCCCGCUCAUUCUGGACAGCAGCUUCCUUUAUCACUUCUCCGUGCGGUUGCUGUUCAAGCUUCACAGUCGUAUUUCUCCGGAUGUUCUUCUCGGACAUCGAGAGAGGUUUCGAGACCUGUUCAUGAGCCUCACGCACUUUUACAAGCGAGCCAGAGAGAUGGAGUUCUUUAAGAGUGUCAUCCAGAUUCCAGAUCUCCCAGAUGAACCUCCUAACUUCCUGCGAGCUGCAGCUUUGGCGGAGUAUAAAAAGCCGGUGGUGGUGAUGCCAGGAGAGGACUACCAGGAGGAGGAGGUGGAGACUCAUCCGGAGUUCAGAGAGAUUCCCCAGAUGCCCCAAAUGCCUCAGCAGUACUAUCUGCUCAGCCAGAUGGGAGCUCCUGAAGUUCCAGCUGAACCCGUGGAAACCGAGACUGACGGGUGGAGGAGGGAGAUGGAGGCCCUGAAACCAGAGAUCCAGAUCAUCAAGGACGAGGCUCAGAAGUCUGUAAUCGAGCUGACGACUCAGCUGAGCCACAUGGAGGCUGAGCUGGACGCGCAGCGUACCCACAACCAGGUGGCGAUGAUCGAAAACGAACACCUGAGGAUGGAGGUGGAGGCUCUGCGAGCGGCCAACGUGGUCGGGGUCGGGGCUCAGAUCGGAUACAAGGAGGCAGACGGCAGAGCUCAAGCUGCAGAGCUUCGCUUCUCCCAGCUGAAGGAACGACAUGCAGAGCUGGUCACCAGCCACGCUGACCUGAUGAAGAAGAACGCAGAGGCGGUGAGGAUGCUGUCCAGCUCCAAGCAGGAGCAGGACGAUCUGCUCCGGACUAAAACCAACCUGGAGAAGGAGCUGGAUAACCUGCGAUGGGACAAGCAGACCAAGGUGCAGCAGCAGCAGCAGGAGGUGGAGCGCCUCAGCAAAGAGCUGCAGGACCAGAGGGCGGAGGUGGCGCUCCUUCGCAGUUCCCUGGAGAGCAAAGAAACGGAAGGAUCUCGAGUGAGCAGCACCCUGGUGGCGCUGCAGGCCGAGCGAGACAUGCUGCUGCGGUCCGCCACUGAGAAGGACGCCGAGCUGUCCUCGCUGAGGCAGCAGACGCAGCAGCAGCAGAGCUCCCUGGACCUGGAGAAGGACCGGCUGAGCCGGGAGCUGGAGGCGCUGAGAGCUCAGCUGCAGCAGCAGCUCGCCAUCAACGCUGAGCAGAAGCAGGAGAUCGACCGGCUGAGACGAGAGCUGGACUCCACCAGAGCAGAACUGACCCGGGCGAACAGUGCACUGCAGAGCAAAGAAAUGAGCGGCACUCAGCUCAACAGCACUCUGGCUGGGCUGCAGGCGGAGAAGGAGGUGCUGCUGCGGUCGGUCCGGGAGCAGGAGGCCGAGCUGAACUCCCUCCGGCAGCAGGCCCACCUUCAGCACAGCUCCCUGGAGCAGGAGAGGCAGAGGAGCAGCAUGGAGCUGGGAAGCCUGCAGGCUCAGCUGCAGCAGCAGGCCUGCCGGGAAACGGAGCUGGCCCAGAAGCUGCAGAACGAGCAGUUCGCUCUGCUGCAGUGUGCGGUGGUGGAGGCCGAGGGCAUCAUCCUGGACGCCGUGGCCAAACUGGACGACCCCAUCCACGUGCGCUGCACCAGCUCUCCUGAUUACCUGGUGAAUCGGGCUGAAGUCACUCUGGGAUCCAUCGACAAGCUGCAGCAGAGUCACCUGGUUUACCUGGGGAACAGGAGCGACGCCAGCGGCUUGUUGAGAGCGGUCACGCAGUUUUCCCACCUGGCCGCUGACACGAUUGUAAACGGAGCGGCGACCUCCCACUCCGCCCCCGUGGAUCACGCCGACAGUCUGAGCGACAGCUGCCGGGAUUGCGCCAACCAAUGUCUGCAGUUCCUGAAGGACCUGAAGUUCCAGCCCACUUUACCGCAAGCCAACGCGUCCGCCAUUCGCUACAGCGUGCAGCGGAUCCUCGCCAUGGGACAGGAUCUGCGGCCGAAAGGACAGGAUGUGCUGAAAGAAGAGCUGGGCACCAUGGUGGACAAAGAGAUGGUGGCCACGUCCACGGCCAUUGAAGACGCCGUGCUACGCAUGGACGAGAUUCUGUCGCAGGCGAGGAGAGACACGACAGGCCUGAAGCUGGAGGUCAACCAGAGCAUUUUGGGAUCCUGUUCUGAUCUGAUGAAGGCAGUUCAUAUACUGGUGACAGCGGCUACAGACCUGCAGAAAGACAUCGUGGAAGGCGGCAGGGGGGCGGCGUCCACGACUGAGUUUUAUGCCAAGAACUCUCGCUGGACUGAAGGCCUGAUCUCUGCCUCCAAAGCUGUGGGCUGGGGCGCCACUCAGCUGCUAGAUUCUGCUGACCGGGUCGUGAGUGAAAAGGGAACGUACGAGGAACUCAUCGCAUGUUCUCAUGAGAUCGCAGGAAGUACUGCCCAGCUGGUCGCAGCAUCCAAGGUGAAAGCCGACCGCAGCAACAAGAAGCUGAACACGCUGCAGCAGGCGUCGCGGCACGUGAACGACAUGGCCGCCGUGGUAGUGACCUCCACCAAACACGGCCAGAAGCAGAUCUCCGAUCACGGUUUAAUGGACUUCUCAGGAAUGUCUCUGAUCAAGCUGAAGAAGGAGGAGAUGGAAGCUCAGGUGAAGGUACUGCAGCUGGAAAACCAGCUGGAACAGGAACGGAUUCGCCUGGGCGAGCUAAGGAAAAGGCACUACGAUCUUGGGCCGUCUGGCCCCGCCUCCAACCUAAAGGAGGAAGAGGACAACUUCCCGCCGCCACCACCCCCCACUCUGCUGGACUCCACUCCACUCCCUCCAUCCUUCAGUCAGACCCAGCCCUAUUUAAACACCCAGACCCCCCAGGUGACACAGCCCUAUAGCCAGCCUCAGCUGUACACCCCCUCACAAACUUAUACCCCCUCACAAACUUACACCCCAUCACAAUCCUACACCCCUUCACAGCAGUACACCCCCUCACAGCCCUACGUCCCGCCUCAACCAUACACCCCAUACACCCCAAACCCAGCCCAGAGUUACCCCCCGCCCUCGUCACUCACUUCCAGCCUCGCUCAGGCCAAACCUGCCGCUCAGCAGAACUCCACAGAUUCAUCCAAACCUUCCUUCAAGAGACCCAACAUCUUCACCAAAUCUGGGAACCUCCUGAAGAACGCGUUCAAACGAGGAGAAACUGGAGGCGGAGAAUCCUGAGAAUCUGAGUCCAUGAUUGUAGAACUCGCCUGAAAAGUGACAGGCUAACUUUUUUUUUUCUAAUUAAAAUGUGCUAAUAAUUGAUUUUUUUUGGGUCAAAUUGUGUAUUAUUUUUGUAAUCUAACUGAAUGUUUUGUUGUCUGAACAGUUAUUAAAAA